CCCUUGAUGUGGCGGAUGGCGAAUUUAUCGUGAUGGUCGGGCCGUCUGGCUGCGGGAAAUCGACGCUGCUGCGCAUGGUUGCCGGGCUGGAGCGGGUGACAGAAGGCGAUAUCUGGAUCAACGACCAGCGCGUGACUGAAAUGGAGCCAAAAGAUCGCGGGAUUGCGAUGGUGUUCCAGAACUACGCGCUUUAUCCGCAUAUGAGUGUCGAAGAAAACAUGGCGUGGGGGCUGAAAAUUCGCGGCAUGGGCAAGCAGCAAAUUGCCGAGCGCGUUAAAGAAGCGGCGCGCAUUCUGGAGCUGGACGGUCUGCUCAAACGUCGCCCGCGCGAGCUUUCCGGCGGUCAGCGCCAGCGUGUGGCGAUGGGCCGCGCGAUUGUGCGCGAUCCGGCGGUGUUCCUGUUUGAUGAGCCGCUCUCUAACCUCGAUGCCAAGCUGCGCGUGCAGAUGCGUCUUGAAC